GGCCAGCUCCGCGGCACAGACAGCUGAGUCACACACAUAACGAACAGACAGAUAGUCGCUGGCGGAAACAGAGCAGUUGUAGAUAAGAAAUUGCUCUAAAGGCGCCUUUAAUUUUUGGUCCUCGCUGUCACUGACAACGCUUGGAAAAGAUGCUGACGAUAACCCUGAAGACCCUCCAGCAGCAGACGUUCAAAAUAGAAAUAGACCCAGAAUUGACGGUGAAAGCCCUGAAGGAGAAAAUAGAGGAGGAGCGAGGCAAAGACACGUUUCCAGCCGCGGGGCAGAAACUCAUCUAUGCAGGCAAAAUCUUGAACGAUGACACCGCUCUGAAAGAAUACAAAAUCGAUGAGAAAAACUUUGUCGUGGUCAUGGUUACAAAGCCUAAACCAGCCACUCCUCCACAAGCAGCCCCUCAGCCGACCCCCCAGCCCGCCCCAUCCUCAGCCCCACCCUCAGCGCCGGCCCCCGCCCCGACACAAGUGCCCUCCACGCCCACACAUACAGUGCCUGCAGCCACGCCCGCCGCUCCCCCCAGCGCCACACAGUCAGUGCCUCCCUCUGAAGCCCCGGCCGCAGAACAAGCUCCAGCGGCUUCUCUCGAGGCGACUGCGGACACGAACACAGCUCCGAAUUCGGCCCCGGCCCCGGCUGCCGUCACGGAGGCCGCCGAGGCUGUCCCGGCCCCUGCAGACUCCGCCCCUGCUGCCCAACCCGAGGAGAAGCCCAGGGAACAGCAGGCGGAUCAGCCGUCUGUCACCCCGCCGGUCGAUUCCUCUGCUUCCAGACUCGUGGAUGAACUGGGUCUCCUCGAGGAAGCCGCGUCAAUACUGGUGACGGGACAGGCGUACGAGAACCUGGUGGCAGAGAUCAUGUCCAUAGGCUACGAACGGGAGCAGGUAGUCAACGCACUGAGAGCCAGCUACAACAACCCAGACCGAGCAGUCGAGUAUCUGCUGACGGGUAUUCCACCAGAGCCCAGCGAUCUGCCGCCUCAGGAGCCGGUUACACACAGCGCUCCAUCCAACCCCCCCGCCCCCGCCACACAGCAACCACAGCAGCCUCCAGCACCCUCCAACACAGGGACAGCGCCUGCCAGUCAGCCUCCCUCUGCAGGCGGAGGUUUGGCCUCCACCGGGAACCCUCUGGAGUUCCUGAGGAACCAGCCUCAGUUCCAGCAGAUGAGACAGAUCAUCCAGCAGAACCCGGCGCUGCUGCCGGCCCUGCUGCAGCAGCUGGGCCGGGAAAACCCACAGCUACUGCAGCAAAUCACACAGCACCAGGAGCGCUUUGUCCAGAUGCUGAACGAGCCACGCAGCGGAGACAGCGGAGGGGAGGGCGCUGAGGCCCAGGGGUCGCCACACACCAACUACAUCCAGGUCACCCCGCAGGAGAAGGAGGCCAUCGAGAGGUUAAAAGCACUGGGCUUCCCCGAAGGCCUGGUCAUUCAGGCCUACUUCGCCUGUGAGAAGAACGAGAACCUCGCCGCGAACUUCCUGCUUCAGCAAACGUGGGACGACGAGUGAACGGCGUGGCCGCGCGACGCCGUUCAAACGAGGGCUACAGAAUGUAUGACAGUGCUACACAAGGUCCACUGGAACGAGGAGACGAGGGGGAAGAGGGGGAUUUAUUUGUUUUCACACGUGACUGUGGUCUGGCCUAAUCGACGAUGAGAUAAUGAUGAUGACUGUGGUAAUGAUGAUAGUGAUUAUGAGGAGGAGGAUGAUGAUAAUGAUGAUGAUGAUGAUGAUGUUUAAAGUUAGCUAUGCUGCCUACUCUCCAUUCUGCUGUGAUGAUCAUCAUAGGAGCUCACACUGAGCCACGCCUCACUGCUGCUAUCUCAUUACCGCUGCUGCUUGUGCUGCGUGAUCACAGUAAGACAAGUAAUACAACCAAUUUCUUUCACUUAACUGAGAAAAAGGCAACACUUUGCAUCGCUUUCCAAAUCCAACAUGUCUUUUUUUUUUUUGUCUUUUUAAAGGUGUAUUCUGCAUAUUAAACUCUUAGGCUGCCCGAGGGAGGUGUGUUUUACUUCCAGACCACUUAAAAAGAAAAUGUUGACAUCUGUAUACAGUGUAUAUGUAUAUAUUUAAGCCCCCAUGUCUGUGCAAAAACUUCCCUCUGGCAACGACUUCCUAAGCCACUACAGAAACAAGGAAAAUGCUGACGUGUUCAUAUUUUCUGCAUGACAAUACAGUUACAAAAAAAUGUCCUUUUUGUCAGUCUCACAUGUUGGAUUUACCUGAAAAUCUGAUGCAAACUGUUGACAGUUUAAAGGGAGCUAGCACUGCUUUAUGUUAAAGUUCAGGUCUGAGCAUUAUACCAUCGUUUUCUUGGACUGCCUCUGUCCUUGGAAAGCUGAAAUCCCAAACAUGAAAGAUAACCACAGACCUAAUGUGACUAAAUAGCACAAAUCCCUGGUUCCAGUAGUGUUUUGACUUUUCAUUCGGCAUACAGAUGUGGUUUUGGGGGUUGCACACAUUCAGUCGACAGUGGAGUCUGCAAGGCGGCAGAAAUCGCUGCAGGAGAAGUAUGUGUUUUGACAAUAAAAGUGAGAUUUUACGCUCUUUUUUUCUUUUUUCAUCUUUUUUAAAAAGAUAGAUUGGCAAAGGUUAGCUGAAGCAUAGACUGAAUGCAUGAAACCACUUACACACAAGCUUUAUGCUACAAAUGAAUAGUCAAAAUGCCACCACUACCAGAAAAAAACACGAUUCUGCACUGACUAACUUAAUAGCUUUUGCAACUAAAAAGCAUAACAUUGAUCUUGCUACUGUUCCACUGAAUUAGUUGUAUAAUGGCAGUGGAGGUUAUGCGUGAGACUCAAUAAAGAUAGGUGGAACUGCAUAGUAUUUUUUUGGGAGACGUAGGCACACCCAAGUGCAACAGUCAGUUUGAUUUGUCAUUAAGGUUUUGCAGUUAAAAGUUCUGUUAUGGCGUUUCAUGGGUGAAGGAAUUUGCAAAUAAUAUGAAGUACAAUAUUGCAAGGUUUUGAGUUGAGUAUUUUGAUUUUUUUUUGAGAAAGAUUAUGUGUUUGUUUGUUUUUUUUUUUCUUUAGCUAAAACGAUCCAACAUAGUCCACCGGUUACUUUCAGACAAUCUUUUUUUUUCUGUUCAGUUUGUCAUUAUAUCAGAUCUUCUAUGCAUCUUAAUGCUGUAAGAGUUUUGAGCCAUCGCUCCACCAUGCCUUAUGGGUUGAACAAGUUUCAUUUAAAGAAAAAGAAAAUAGUACACUAGUUUACAAAGUAGUGUUUGAUCUAUUAUGAAAUAUUUUACAUGUUAUAUUUAUGCAUAGAUGAGUGUCAUAAAAUUGAUGAUCAUAUUCAUUAGAGUUUGGAUUAUAAGUAAUUAACAGUAGUCUUUUGUUUUGAAAGUGGAUUAAAGGGAAUUCCAAGAAGUGCUAGAAGCCAAAACAAAACAAACAAAAAAACAUUUUUCAAGAUUCAGCAUGUGCUUUGCUCUUUCUUCUUUUAAGUUCUUUUCUUUCUUUUUUCCAACUGGGGAUGACUGGAAAUUUUGUAUUAUACUGUAAAUGCGUUAUACAAACUUUGCGUUUGGAAAAUGAGGCACUUUAUUGUGACAAAACGCUGUUCUUUAGUUGUAAAGGGGUUGUUGGUUGCAUGAGUUUGUUACCAAGGGUUAUUUAUAGCAUGGCAGUGGGAUAGUUAUGAUAAAUACCACCUGAGUGGUGUUGUUUUGAUCUUGGUUUCUCUGUUAUUUUACCCCUUUUGUUGAUGUUUUGUUUCCUUUUUUUUGGAUUUAUAAAAAAAAAAGAACAAGAAGAUAGCCUUAAAUACACCACUUGAAGUUUUGCUGAAUAGUUGUGAAAAACUCUUGUUUCAGCGUUGUGUAAAAUAAAUGGCUUUUACAAAGCGGACUAAG